AUGAGUGUGUUCGUUCGGGGGGCCCGCGGUGGCCUGGGCCUGAGCCGCGCGUGCAACACGUCGGGCGCCCUGAUCAGGGCCACGUUCCGGUGGGAGCAUGGCGACCGCAUCCACAUCAUCGCCGGGCAGCGAGGCACCGACGCUUGCGAGCAGGACAGUUGCAGCAAGACCAACAAGCGGAGUGCGUUGGAGAACAUCCAGGCCAUAUCACGUGGGGGAGGAGGUGGCGGUGGAGGUGCAUCGGCCAUAUUCAGGGUGGACACCAGGACGGGCGAUGCCGUACCUCUCGUGGUGGCGGCGGGAGGUGGCGGCCACUCAGCCGCUGCCGCGGCGUCAGCGGGAGCUGCCUACGCCGGCGUUGCAGGUCGAGGUUUCCAGGACAACCAGCCGCCGGGUAACGGCCUCUCGGCGCCCGAAGGCAAGGGACCCGGUGGCGGUGGCGGUUGGAACGACAGCGCCGCCGCUGAGAGCAGUGCGACCGACGAGCCCACCGCUGGCCGCCCACUGACGGAUGGCGCUGCAGGCGGAUCGGUGUGCGCUGAGGCUGCUCUUUGGAACACCGCAGGGGGUUUUGGUGGCGGAGGUGGUGGGUGCGCUGGCGGAGGAGGAGGUGGAGGAUGGAAGGUAAGGGUCGCAGAUCGGGGAGGUGACGCAGCUGUUACGGACACGGCUCAACACAGUGGCCACGGGGGCACCUCGUACGUGCACCCGAGCCGGCUCGAGGCCACCUUCCUUCCAACGCCGUGUCGACUCGGAUCAGCCGCUUCGACAGACGCGGACGACGCUAAGCCGUACCCCGACAAGGGUCUUGGUGAUGCCAUGGUGGUGAUCGUGUCGGCCACCGACGUCCGCUGCCCGUGCCGCCAUUUCUGUCUGGCUCGCACCCUGGCGCCGGCCACAUUCAAGUGCGCCUGCCCCAUCGGCUACAGGCUUGCACGAGAUGGCCACAGCUGCCACGCUGGUUCGGGUGACGCGAGGACCAAUGGCGAGUACAAGCUGCCCACGCAUCACCUGGUCGUCAUCAUUCUCUGCAUACUGGUCACCGUGGCAGUCAUCCUCUUCUUCGUCGUUGGAUUUCCUCGGUGCCCUGGUUCUCGCAAGAAGCUGCCAUCAUCGCUCAGUCCCGAGCCUCUGGGCGGUAACAAUCCGGAGGUCCAGCUGAGCCGGCUGCGCCAGGCCACGGGCAUGGUGACCGAGUUCAACCCAAACUACGAGUUCGGAGGCUCCACCUGCACCCUGCAGGACCUCACCGACAUCCCACGCGAGAGCCUCACCCUCGUCAAGGCCCUCGGCCAGGGAGCAUUCGGCGAGGUCUACCAGGGCUUCCUGCUGCCAACAACCGUUCCGCCCACUUCACCGACCACCGGAGAGGCACCGUCACCCGUGACAGAGAUUCCUGUGGCCGUGAAGACGCUGCCGGAGCUCUCGUCACCCGAGUCCGAAAAGGACUUCGUUACGGAGGCCUGCAUCAUGAGCAAAUUCAACCACCCCAACAUUGUCCGCUUCAUUGGCGUCUGCUUCGAGAAGAUGCCACGCUUCAUCGUUCUCGAGCUCUUGCCUGGCGGAGACCUCAAGUCCUUCCUCCGGGAAUCGCGGCCAAAACCGAAUGUCCCACCAAGUCUUACGAUGACAGACCUCCUGAAGCUGGCCAUCGACGUGGCCAAAGGCUGCCAGUACCUGGAAGACAAGCACUUCAUACACAGAGACAUCGCCGCGCGCAACUGCCUGCUCACCACCAAGGGGCCAGGAAGAGUGGUCAAAAUCGCAGACUUCGGCAUGGCCAGAGACAUCUAUCGGGCGGACUACUACAGGAAAGGAGGCAAGGCAAUGCUUCCGGUCAAGUGGAUGCCACCCGAGGCUUUCCUAGACGGCAUGUUCACCAGCAAGACGGACGUGUGGUCCUUCGGCGUGCUCCUCUGGGAGGUCAUGUCCAUGGGAUACAUGCCAUACCCGGGACGAGGCAACCAGGAAGUCAUGCAGCUGGUGACGUCGGGCGGCCGCCUGGAGCCCCCUGCGAACUGCCCGGGACCUGUGUACCACGUGAUGACGCAGUGCUGGCACGCAACUCCAGAGGAACGUCCCUCGUUCGGCACCAUUCUAGAACGCCUGGGCUACUGCCUCCAGGACCCGGACGUCGUGUCGGCCCCGCUGCCGGUCUUCCAUCGGCCACCCUCCUUGGAACGCGACGCCACAGUCAUGAGGCCACCCAAUGCCGACAACGUGUGCUUGCAGGUCUACCGGUCCGAGAGAUCCGAGGUCCAGUCUCCGGGCUCGGAGGACUACCUCAUCCCCAUGCCGUCGUCAAACUACUCCCUGAGCACGGAACGAACCGAACUCCAGUCGGCCUCCUCCUCGCUCGACUCCAUGGACAAAUUGCUGGGCGGAAAUGGCAACCAGCCGAGCGUCAAGGCCCCCGCGCCACCCGAGAAACCGACGACGUGGGAGACAAGUUUCACCACAACGCCGCCCGACGAGCUGCCCAUCCGGGCGCCCUUGCAGCAGCCGUACUCCAACGUAGCGCUCAACUGUUAGUGGCCGCGAUCCCGGAAGACCAACAAAGGAAACGCGAAAGACGUGCAGGAUAGGUAGUUGACCUGGCACGCCUUUCGCCGCUUCCUCUUUGAUCAUGAGGGACAUGUAGGCGGCGCUCGUCGAAAAAAUUGCCUCCCUUUCUUGACACGGCACAGGUGAAAAAGACUGGCGUCGUUACGACGUGUCCUUCUAGUCGGCUCGUCACGUUGCAAAAAGAGCACGGGUUACUUCUUCGGCGUUGUGAAACUUCGCAAAGUAUAUGGGGGAAGUCAACCGGGGAUGCUGUAGACAGGUCCGCUUGUCAUGUUCCGCGGAGCUCUGGUGUGAAUAGUUUAUCUUCUUGGAAAGGUUUCUGGGGAGAGCAGUAGGAGGACUAGACGUUACCCGUUACUGUUGACUGUGUCAAAUUUUUGUUUUCGUCACUGGGUCUGAAGGCGAUGACUCGGAUGUCGACAGGACCACGACGUGUGAAGAAGCCAGGAACAGAAUAAUGAGCGAUAGCUUGGGCCACGCAAUCACGAUGCGUGCGAGCGAAAGACCUGUUUGAUCCUGAGGUCGGUCAGGUUUUUAAUCUCCCGCGCUUUUGAUUCAUAGACAUGCCUGAUCGGCGCGAGUUUUGUCCAUAGUUUUGGUGCUUGUGAUAGCAGGCGUUAUUCACGAAGACCGUCAGGGAGGGUCACAACAGGCAUUCGUUCGCCUUUGACCUCGCUAGCAAUCGCUAAAGAGAAUUGCUGUGUAUGAAAAAGAAGGCGCAGGGCUUGUCAGUGCGUGUGCACACUUUGCGUGUUAGCUCUGCCCGAACAGCAAUGCCUACGAGUUCCUCGUUGCAGCUCGGAAGGCGGUCCUCAGACCCGAGCUCGGGCAAGAGACACGAGGCAGGAGAAAGGUGAAGCAAGACCUUUAUUUUAUAAUGCGGGCCAAAUGCACAUCAAAGUCAAGUCGGUGCAUAUUUACAUGUCAUUUCUCCUUCACGACUAGAGCAAAUAUGGUCAAUGUUCAUCGUUGUAUGUGUACUUCCCUUUCCCGUGGUGUAGUGAACAGAUAUCUCAAGAUGCCCGAUGUCGGAAAGAAGUCGUAGUUGUGCUGCUUUCGGAAGCGUAUGCACUUCAAAAUCUUCUGGAGUGUAUGCAUGGCAGUGACACUAUGAUAACCCGUGCAAGGCGACGACAUCCGCGAAAGCAUGAAUAAGACUUGAUUUCGGGGAUUCCUCAACUACUCGGUGGGCAGCCGGGUUGAAUUGAUCACUAGAUGUUUCCUACACUUCAAUUUAGAGGAACACGACCUCUAGACUGUUGUGGUGUUGAGAGGAAGGACUAAAAAAUGGCGGGACUGGCAGGGUGUACGCGUUUGGCCUGUUUGCAGAGUCCGUAACAGAGUCCAAUGAGCAGAGUCCGUAGCGUGUGUGCCGCGCUGGGGUCCUUCAUUCGAAUGCACCCGCUCGUCGUAGGUUGGUAGGGUGGAUGCACGUCGGGAACGCGUUGUUUCGGGACAUUGGAUAAACCAUGGGCUGCACUUGUUGCCAGCUUUCGCCAGGGUUUCGCCAGGGUUGACAGGGUUCGAAGAUGAGACUGGACUGCUCGCAACUGUGUCGCAUUGUUCGCCCCGAUGCAGGGGUCUUGUUCCUAGACAAUAUGUCCUUUAUUUUUUAAAUAAAUUCAGGCGCUUAGGGGGUUCUUCUGUUUGUUAGUCACUGUUCUUGUAACUCCUGGUUCUUGUGAUUGACCCAAUCGUGAAAACAGUUCUGUGAACUCGACCCUUCGGCUAGACAGUCCUAUAGCCUCAUGCAGGCUUCUCAGUCUUUGCUUGUUAUAGAGCUAAGACUGACGCUACGUCAACAGGGCCGUCACACGGCUGUUUUACGAUAGCGACUGUUCAGGAGAUGGAUCUCACCCUGCAUAGUUACAAUUUUUCUUUCGUUCGCGGUUAACCAACGAACAAAAGUGAUUCGCGCUUGUGGUUGUUACCUCAUUGCGUCCCAAAAUCGCAUGUUCCAGCCUGGCUACCUUGCAUUUCUCCCGUUCUCACGGACGACGCGAGCAAUGUUAGUUUCGCUUACUGCCCAGCAAAAGCUGUUCGCAGUGAGGUGCCAUUUUAUGAUCUCAGGACUUUCUACGUAAUGUUUUAAUUAUUUUUCACAUAUUUUACGUCGAGGGGUGACGUCAAGGCGUUACGUCAGUUGUGACGAUUGCAGCCAACCGAAGCUUAUUCCACAUCGUUUCACCUUGUCCGAAGGUGCUGCGAUAAGGUUGUUACCCGUUACCGUACUUACUUUUACGGGUGCCCGGGAGUGAAUCAGAGCAUUAUUAUGCUCAACAUCGCUAUCCCCGUAAUAACAUAGGGAGAAAGGGUAGGGUGCUGUGUUCCCUGCUUUCAAGCGUUAUCAGAUCACUCGAGCUUCUUGAUUCGUUAUAUUGCGUUAGUCAGUUGGUGGAACGGAAAGAAAAUUUUAGUACCUGAUCUUCAACUCGUGCGCGCUUUAAAAAUAAAGCAUGACGAUGUACUAGUCAUGUGUGACCGCGAAAGCCGUCAUGAGAACCUUCCACUAGGUUUAGAAUGUUAGGAAAACGCCCAGUAGGAGAAUUUCACUCCCAUCUUUGACGUUUCAGUUGUGGAGUUGUAUUGUUUUGUGGUAGUUUGUUCUUGUACGUCGUCACAACACGAGCCCAACAAGCGAAGUCGGGACAUCCUUGAUGUGUUUACGAAACCAUCCCGUCUUUGUAGAAUCGAGGUUUGGUAUUCCCAGCUUCCACGAACUUCUUUAUGAUGCAGGAAGCAGCUUCGCACAAGCUUGUUGUUAGAGUAAGUCUGCGAACCGUUGCAUUCAUGCGCCGAGGUAACCGGCCCAGUAAAUAUGAAUGUAAACUGCAGUUGGAAAUUAAUGUGUAAACAUAAACAGCUUCCGUUCACCUGUCGUCAGUUUGUGUUCUUUUCUUGCUAUUUUUCGGUCUGCUUUGUUACAUAACAGGAGACACUAGAUAUUGAAGGGGAAUCGGUUAACGGUUUAUCAACCAAAGUUCCUGUUCUAGUCAUAUACGGAUACACGCGUGUUACUGGAAACGUUGUCACGGCACUUUACACGUCCAAUAUGCAGUGGGUAAAGUUGAAGCGAGAUCAAAUCAGAAUGCCGUUGUGCGUACACUUAUUUCCUCCAACAAUGUCCAAGAAGAACAAAUCCCGUCGACGGGCCCUCGCUGAAUUCAGCCAGUGUCGGCUUUGUUUGUGUGCAUGGCACGUGCGUCAAAUUCCACCUCGUUCUAUAAUUAUACGCACAGAAUAGGUUUUGAGGCUGACAUCAAAUUUUGUUUGAACGUCAACGCACCCUACGGGUCUCGUUUCAAAGUCGUUUGCAUGUUUGUCGAGUAUCGACCACACGCCUAAUAUAAACUGAAAGCGUGAAAAACUGUCGCUUUCCAAUAUCCAGACGAUUCGCAAUCUGGUUAUGUUCGAUAUUACUCGUUAUGGCAGCGCUGUGGGUGUUUAUGACUCCAAGUACCCUUCGCAAUGUGGUCAAAUGGGGCGCCAUUUCUUAUCCAUACUUGAGUAAGUUUACUUGGUUACUAUAAUUGAGACGUUUUAUAAGCUUCUUAAAAUUCGACGAGCCGAUGAACACCGAAAUUUCUUUAUGAUAACCAUAGUAUUAACGAUGUCGUGGAUUAGAUGUCGAGAAUGAACUCUUGUACCACAAGCUGUUCGUCGCAAGACGAGAAAGCACGACAUUUUCACUUCAAAUUUUGCUGUGAUCAACUUUGUUCCCUAAAGAGAGGUGCUGUGGGCGGAGCGGUAGCUCGCUUUGAUAGCGAGGCUAAGGCCCUUCUUUUCUAAGAUCACAACAAUCACAACGGCUGUACACGAGUGUACUGUCGUGUCGUCUUAAGCCUCGUUGUACUGUUCACUGAGUCGUCCAUUCGCCACUUCCCGACAUUGCUGAAUCAUGCUGUUAUUAUACAGUAGGUGAAGGGCCCACGUCUGUUCACUUUACCCGUGCGUACGAAGCGUUUGGUGCACGUGGUCUAGUCACCAAAGCGUUCGGUAAGCUCACCGAGCUAUAACACGACCUUUACGCUAUGUGAACUCGGUGCCAAAUUUGUUGCGCGUGUCUUACCGCGCCUCUCUCGUUUAGUGACUAUCUUAACUACCUUGACAUCUAGUCACCAGUUUCAGUCGUUUUGUAAACGACGAAACACCGAUAACGUGUACCCUGUAUAGUGAGAGGUGAUGUUGAACCCACUGCGAUCGUGGUACUGUGUUUUUUUUUCUGCCAAUCAUUUUGCCUCCUGCACCAUUACGACACUCAUGAAUACCUUGACACACAAGCCGGACAGGCUACAAUACCUGUCUCAACACGGGAUCCUUGACUAAGCUCAUGGACCGUGUGCAGCGUGAUCAAAGUUGCGGCGCAAGUUUCGCAGAGUCCUCAUCCACAGGGUGCUGAGAUCUGACCUUUAUUUGCUACCGGGUGCUAACAGGUGUUUCGAUUCGAUUCGCCAUAUGCUGUCCGCGCUGUUUCCUUUUUCAAUGAAUUUAGAAUGACCACAGGAUCAAAAAAGUGUGCCCAGGAACACUGUAAUGGUGUCAAAGUGAAGUCACGAUUACCCAUUACGUAAAUGGAGUGCAACGCUGUAAUGUGUAGACAGUUGUACAAAGUAAGGCAUGCGACUUCCGGAUCCCUUGUAUGCUGCCGAUAUAUCAAUACAUAUGGGUGGUAUCGAAUGCAUAAUGUUCUAUUCGGUUUAGGCUCUCUCCAAAGAUGUCAUGCGAUUCGCAGGCUUCUCGUCCAUUUGUUUGUGUAGAUCAGACGUCACAUGUGGCCACAAGUGGCUUUCCGUUUUUAUGCCGAGCAAAAGACCUUCAGUCCCUGUUAUAUACUAAAUACGACCUUACGUUCCUGGGCGGUAUUUUUAUCUGAAAGCAAACGGUGCCAAUCUAAAGUAGUGUAGAACUGUGCACAGCGUCACUUGAUCCAGUGAUGCAUUACGAUCAACUGAGCGGCGAGCAGAGAGAGGAACGCGAACAUCUCUUUUUGUGCAGCAUUCGCUGUAGUUAGGCUUGUGUUAGAUAUACGCUUCUUCGUGCUUUCAUCAUCGUUGUGAUCGUGCUCGAGACUUUGUAUGGCGAAUCGUUCGUUGUCGACCCCUGCUCACUUAUUUCGUUGCUGUUACGGCGUGGCCACUGUUUUCAUGUACGUACGUGCAAAGUCCAGCAUAGUGUCUGUGAAUGCCGACGCCCUGCUGCGCAUGGUGAAAGUCAAAUACCCUUUAUCUUUGAGAUUAUCUAUUCCGGUGAGAUCUAUGUACUUGUACGUGUAGUGUGCCAACUGCUCAUGUCUCGUGCUUGUAAUACAUACAUACAUACAUACAUACAUACAUACAUACAUACAUACAUACAUACAUACAUACAUACAUACAUACAUACAUACAUACAUACAUACAUACAUACAUACAUACAUACAUACAUACAUACAGAACGCGCAUUUGAGAAAGUGGCAUGAAUACCUGUGAUUGGGUGAGAGUCGCCCCCUAAGUGUAUGCACCCGAUCGCGUAAGAGUGUCACAUGGUUCAGGGAGGGUGCGUCGUCAGAUCUAAGGCUGGGGACCUACGCGCGACGAUAAGCUCUUACUUGUGCGUACACGUGAAAGUCCGCACUGCCGCACUGUGUAUGUAUAUAUAUAUAUAU